AUGAUUAUUUCUAGAAUCUACAUAUUUAAUGUUUUAAUCUUCCAGAAGGGGCCAAGUGAUGUUGGUUGCAAUUGGUUGAUAAGCAGUUCAGCGCCAGAUCAUGUUAAAGUACUAUUGGCAUUUCCCCGAGGUGAAAGACAAGCGGAGGUAAUCGGAUUGGCAUGCGAGAGACUCGGGUGGUACGUGACGGAAGUGCGGGAUACUGAGGAAGCACUUGAUCAAUUUCAAGCUCGCUGUCACGAAAUUGUAAUUAUCGAUCGAAGGGGAAGGUAUUGCCAGCAGGCUGACGAGAUAUGCAGGGCUCUAAAUAAUAUACACCAUCAGGCAUCAAUUAUAAUAGCCAUUGUAAAAAAAUCAUUUUUUACAGUAUCUGAUCAAGAUAAAAUUUCCACCUUGCAAGUACUUGAUAAUGGAUACAAUAGGGCACUUAUUGAGUGUUCGAGUACAGAAAUCGUAAUGAACGAGCUUAUUGGGAUUUACGCUAAUGAAGUACAACCGAAGCUUCAACUGGCAGUUGCUCAUUCGUUAUACUUGGCCGUUCAUAGGUGCCGCGAUAUGGUUCAUGUGACUAACGAUCGACAUUUUAUUCAGUUUGCAAAUGAAGUAAGUGAGAAAUUAUUGGGCUACAAAUUGGAGGAACUACUAAACAAAAAUCUUUCUGAGAUUGUUAUAUGUGAAAAUUUUACGCUAAUGAAUCAGCAGUUACAAAAGGGUCGAGAAUUCCAUGGUAAUAUGAAUUGUAAAAGAAAAUCUGAUGAAACAAUAAUGAUCAGUUCCAGAAUAAUUCCAUUUUGUGCAUAUGGAAGGAGGCCUACUCAUUAUAUUUAUAUUUAUGAUACUACUUAUUUAUUGGAAAACGUAGAAGUGACAUCAACAUCAUCAUCACAUUUGCAUCCUAGAGGAAGUUCACAUUCGCUACGUUCUUUUGAUAUUGGCUCCGUAGGUAGUGAUUUACAAAGGAGAAGUAGUGUAGCAAAAUUGCACAAUUUACCUCUUGAAGCUCCAAUCACAAAAGUUAUAUCGUUAUUGACGACUGCAAUGACAGAUGCUGUCAGUCCAGAUGUGGUAGCACAAAUUGACAAAGCCAUCGAAAUAUUGAAGACAACAGAACUCUACGAACCCUACGUCAGGGAAGCUGAUGAGAUUUUCAAUGACCCAGUCACUUCUGAUCUCAUCGGUGCUCUUAUAUCGGCACCGCAAUACUCGCGGGACUCGCGGAGGUCAUCGAACGACUCAUCUGGGCGCGUGUCCCAGGUUCAGAGAAUAUUACACCAGCAACCAUUGAAGACAAUGUCUAAGAGUCCUAGGGCACCGCGCGACAUCGAGAUACUCCUCGACGGCUGCUUCAAUUGGGAAUUUGACAUUUUUCGACUUGAACUAUUAUCGGGUAGAAGGCCUCUCUACUAUCUGGGGAUGAACCUAAUGAAUCGCUACAGUGUUCCGGCCCGUCUCAAUUGUGACGAGCGCACGCUGCAAAAUUGGCUAACUGUCAUAGAGGUCAACUAUAAUGUAGCUAACAGUUAUCACAAUUCAACCCACGCUGCGGAUGUGCUUCAAGCGACUGCCCGUUUCAUGGAAUCUGACAGACUUAAAGUUCUCCUCGAUCCCCUCGACGAGGUUGCAGCACUCGUCGCCGCGGCAGCACACGACAUCGACCAUCCCGGCAAGUCCAGUCAAUUUCUAUGCAAUGCUGGAAAUAAACUGGCCAUUUUGUACAAUGAUUUGUCCGUACUUGAAUCUCAUCAUGCUGCAUUAACGUUCCGAUUGACGCUUUCUGAUGAGGAUGUCAAUAUAUUUAAGAAUUUAGAUGCAGAAACUUACAAAAUCGUAAGGUAUAAUGUUAUUGACAUGAUCUUAGCUACAGAAAUGACCAAACAUUUUGAGCAUUUGGCGAAGUUCGUCAAUGUUUGUAGUAUACGUACCGAAGAAUCACAAUCCGAGCCUUUUUCAGAUCCAGUGGACUCAUCGGUACUCCUACUUCCAGAAAACGUAUCUCUCGUUAAAAGGAUGAUGAUUAAGUGUGCCGAUGUUUCAAACCCGACGCGACCCUUAACAUUUUGUAUAGAAUGGACAAAGCGCAUUGCAGAGGAGUACUUUAGACAAACUGACGAAGAAAAAAAGAAAAAACUGCCUGUUGUAAUGCCCAUGUUUGACCGAUCUACCUGUUCUAUUCCAAAAUCGCAAAUCGGCUUUAUUGAUUAUAUUAUCAACGAUAUGAUGGAAGCAUGGAACGCAUUCAUCGAUAUACCGGAAAUGAUCACCUAUAUGAAACAGAACUACGAAAAAUGGAAAGAAUAUAACGAACGUGGAAUCUCGACCCUGCAGGAUGUUGAAAGAUUGCAGCAGUCUGCAGAAUUGCAAAUGCCUCAAUCAACUUGAAUGACAGAUUAGCAUGAAAUAAAAUUUAUAUCGUCGAAUUUAUAUCACUUUCAUUUUCAUAAUGUGUUCAUAAUAGUCUCUAUGAUCAUUUAAUAUUAAAUAAUAUUUCUAUUUACAUUCAUUUAAACACAAUGAG